AUGAAAAUUGAUAAAGGGGGAGGGAUUGAGGAAGGGGGUAAUGAGAGUUACCGAUGCGAGGCAGGAAUUUGUUCUCUUAGCCUGCCGGGAGAGUUUUCGUAUACCGCCGAGAGGAAGCUGAGGACAGCCGUUGUCGGGAUGGGAUUCAUUGGCUGUCAUGGGCUUGACCAGCAAGAAAAGCCCCCUCUUAGCUUGCCUCCCAGAGUCAAUGGUAUGGAUUGUGUCGUGGCGAUCCUCUCGGUUGCCACUAGUUCUUCUAGUCCGUUAACCAGGAUGGCGUUUCUGAGAGCAUGGGAAGCAGCAUGCCGGACACCAGGCGCAGUGGAAUUAAUCAUCCCUAAAUUGAGGACUUUCUUGGUUGGUCCAGUCUACUUCAAAGGCCGUUGCCGCUCAGAUUUCAUCCACGUCCAAAUUCUAGGGAAUAUAACCGCACCUGCCUCUCCCUCGCAUUGGAAGGGCCAUGACAUGGGACACUGGCUCUCUUUCUACCAAGUACACAACUUGAUCAUCGAUGGCACGGGCACGAUCAAUGGCAUGGGAUCCGCCUGGUGGGAUUGCAAACGCCGACAAGACAAGGCUCUUGAAAUUAUGCAAUGCGAGCAUGUUUCAGUGAGUGGUAUAACCACCCUCAACAGCCAAGGUGUUCAUGUGAAGAUUGGGUUCAGCCAGGAUGUUACCGUCUCCAACAUCAAGAUCAUAGCACCAAAGGACAGCCCAAAUACAGAUGGUAUCAAUAUGGGUGGCUCUCAGUAUGUGCGUAUCCAGGACUGCACCAUAAGGACAGGGGAUGACUGCAUUGCCAUGUUGGCUGGUUCAAGUCACAUUAAUAUAUCCCGUAUCUCCUGCGGACCAGGUCACGGCGUCAGCAUUGGAAGCCUAGGCAGAUACAGCCAAAUGGACAAAGUGGAUCAUAUUGGCGUCACAGAUGUUAAUUUCUUUGACACUAUGAAUGGUGCUCGGAUCAAAACAUGGCAGAAAGAAGCUGUGAAAAUACAGGGUGUGAGCUUCAUUGGGGCAGUCGGGACGACGACGAGUGAUGUGGCGAUCAACUUGAAGUGCAGUAGCAGCGUCCCCUGCACCGAAAUUCUGCUGAGGGACGUGAACUUGACAGCUGCAGUUCCCCACGAGAAGACGAGAGCCUACUGCUCCAACACUCGAGGGCAGUUUAGCAGCAUCGUCUCCCCCCGUGUCCCUUGUCUCUAG